AUGCUCCCAUCAAUCGAACCGGAGCCGCUUUGCCGAGAGGCCACGGCAAAAUCCGACUGCGGAUCAAAAGAGAGAGUGGGUGGUUGGAGGAGAGUGUGGUACUACGGUGUUGUUGAAUUUGAGAUGGACGGGCUGAGUGAAUCGCAACAAGCUGCUGUGAUCCAACUGCGCGAACUUACGAACGGUGGGGACGACGAGGUCGCUAUCGGUGUCCUCCGCAGUGUGAAUUGGGACGUUGGGCGAGCAGCGGACUUGGUGUUUGGCGGGACUGGCGUUGGGCAGGCCCCUCCUGCGCCUAACAGCGACACAGAACGACAUGCGUUUACCGUCGACGACUCUGAGCAAGGGUUCACUUACGACCACCAGUCGUCUUCUCUAUCCACCGCAACUCGCCCAAUUCUCACAAUUCUCUCGUUUCCGUUCACACUCCUCUCUUCCAUCUUCCGUUUCAUCUUCAACGUCCUCCGAAUCCCCUUCCCCUCCCUAGGUCGUUUCGUCGGUCUCACAUUCUACAGCCCUCUCAAUCGCAAUGCCUCACGACGGGGCCACGGAAGCGGCGGGCCAGAUCGCUGGAUUCGCGAACUCGAAGAAGAGACAGGUGCAAUCUGCAUUGGGCGGCUCAAGGCGUCCAAGGGUGUGUCCUCCGGGCGAGACAACGACCGUGGCGAAGCAGGGCCAAGCGGUCCCUCAAGUUCGACUCUCAGCUCUAGGGCAGCAGCAAGCGGCGGAGACGGGAUCUUCGAGGACGGGCGACUUGUCUUACCCGAUUUCGUAGGCGGGACUUACGAAGGAGCGCUCAAGACGUGUCAGCGCGAGUAUCGCGUGGGGUGUAUCAUUCUGGUCAGCGAAGAACACGAUGAUGUCGCAGAGUUCAAACGGUCAACGCUCACCGACCAAACAUUCGUCAAGACGCUGCACGACAACAACGUGCUCGUCUGGGGAGGAGAUGUCCGAGACCGAGAAGCCUGGAGCGCAUCCGAGAAGCUCCAAGCAACAACCUAUCCCUUCGUCGCCUUCGUCGCCCUCCAACCACGCCGCACAGUCGGCAACUCGUCCAGCUCACGCUCCACUCCCCCUUCCCUGACAGUUCUAUCCCGACACCAAGGGCCUUCCACACCCUCCCGCAACGCAACCGGCCCAACGUCCGCCCAAACCCUCACCGCCCACCUAACAACUCAAGUCCUCCCCCGCGUCACACCCUAUCUCGCCGGCCUCCGCUCUGCCCAACUCGAGAUCGAACGCGCCCGCCAACUCCGCGAGGAGCAAGACCGCGCAUUCCAAGAUAGCGCUAGACGGGAUACCGAACGAAUCCAGCGCCUCAUGCGUGAAGAAGAAGAGCGCAAGCGGGAGGAACAACGUUUGCUUGAGGUUAAGCAACGCGAGGAAAAGGAGAGAAAGAGGGCUGAAGAAGAGCGGAUUAAAAAGGAGGAAGAGAGGAUGGAGUGGAGGAGAUGGACUAGAAAAGCUUUGCGCGACCGCGAAGCGAUCACGGAUGGUAAACCCCUGCGCCUCGCAAUCCGCCUACCCAACGGCACGCGCACCGUCUCUCAGUUCACCUCCCGCGACACGUUGACAACGCUCUACGCCACCGUCGACGCUCAACUUGUACCUUCGCACCUCUCACCUGAUGAUGAUCCCGCCUCUCCUCCAUCCCCAUCCAACCCCGGUUCCUCACUAGAAGAAACACUCGAAUCCCUCAUCCCAUCUUACUCAGCCUCGACUUCUACAACAUCCACCCAAUCCUACUUCAACUUCCUCCUCGCAUCCUCCUACCCACGCACCGAGCUACCCUGGUCACCCUCCACCCCUCUCUCCUCUGUCCCCGAACUGAAGGGCGGCGGACAGCUGGUUGUGGAGAUGGUCACCGAUAGUGGGCGGUCGUCUAGAGCUUCGUCGAGAGCCAACGGGGCAGGAAAUGGAGGUGACGACAGCGAUGAAUAUGAUACCGAGGAGGAUUGA